AUGGCGUCUCCUCCUCCUCCUCCUCCUCCUACAGAGCUACCACUGCUAGAAUCACUACCCCCCUCACCCUCAACAACAGCAACAAACCCCUGCAUUAACAACCCCUGCCAUGAUCUGUGUUUCAACAUCUACCAUUGGGACAACCCGGCCAAAGUAGAGGCCAACCACAUGUAUCUGAAGCAACUCCUCCCGGUUGCCUGGUCCCACAAUCCCUUAACCACCUUCAAGCUCAUCUGCAACCUCUUAGACAGGCGUUCAGGUUCAGUAACAGAUGCCGAAGCCUUCUACAAGGUGGCGUUUUGGCUCCACCACAACCACCCCAAGACUCUCGCCUCCAACCUCUUGCCUAUUGCCGCUUGGUUUGGAUAUGGUGGUGGUAUGAGAGACCUUGUGCGGAUUCUCCACCGGAUUCUUGCAGGCCAAGACGAGGUCGAUGAAGAGAUGAUGUUCGCCAUGGCUAACAAGGUGGCUGUACAGAGGUAUGAGACUGACCCCGAUUAUCGCUUGUUACACGACCUCGUUUCGAAUCUUUUCGCCCACUGCCUCAACUAUGAUUUUCAACUUCUGAAGAAGGGGAUGCAAAUGGAUGAUAAUAUUAAUGUGGAUGAUUAUGAUAAUGAUAAGUCCUCUUCUAAUAAGUGCUUCGAGAUCACUAAUGCGGCCGAUUGGCUCGACCAUCGAGCCACUUUCCUGUUGGAGAGCGUUACGAGGAAGGUUUUCCAGCAUCGAUACCCACAAAGAGAUGUUAAGGAGGAGGAUGAGGAUGAGCAUGUUGGUUAUGCCUACAGACUCCGAGAACGGCUAAUGAAGGAGAUCAUACGCUAUGUGAACGAUGAGGAUCUCGAGCAAGUGGCUGAGCUUCAGUGGAAUGCAAUGCUGGGGGACAUGAUCAAGAGCACAGGCACAGGCAACGUUAAGAAGAAAAAGAUGAAUUUGAACAACAGCUUGGCUAUUUGUGAUGUCUGCCCCUCAAGAAUGAGUGGAUUCCCUAUUGAUGUAUCGUUGGGCUUGGGACUGUUAGUGUCUGAACUGAGUGAAGAGCCGGCAUGGAAAGGAAAGGUGAUCAACUUCAGCUGA